GCCAACUAACUACACACAGCCAACUAUACACACAGCCAGCUACACCCAGCAACACACAGCCAACUACACACACACACUGCCAGCUACACACAGCCAGCUACACCCGCAGACUAACAGCUAGAAGGACAACAGAAGCCUUAUGGAAUAUCAGCGUUGCCUGACAGAAGAAUAGAGUCACUGGCAACAGGACAACAUUCUGGGGAACCGCAAGAGCCUCUUUUGAGCAUCAAUAUGCUGUCCUUCUGCAGUUGGUCAGGUUGAAAUAUCACCAAACGCCUUCAGGUUGAAGCUCCUCCUGGUAGAAUCUGAGGGGCGAUGGGGAACACAGCCACUAAAUUCCGCAAGGCUCUGAUAAACGGUGACGAGGGUCUGGCCUAUCAGCUGUAUGAGGGGAGCCCCCAGUUUAAAGAGAGCCUGGACCCCAACACUUCAUAUGGCGAACCCUACCAACAUAACACUCCUCUGCACUACGCCGCCAGGCACGCCAUGACACGACUCAUCAGGUCCUUUCUCUUCAGUAAGGACGGCAACCCCAACAAGCGUAACGUUCACAAUGAGACGUCCCUCCAUCUCCUCUGUAUGGGCCCCCAGAUCCUAAUGGGGGAGGGGCCUCUGCAGCCGCGGCUGGCCCGACCCGAGCUGGACGAGAUGAAGAGGGCAGAGUGUCUCCAGAUCAUCCUGAAAUGGACCGGAGCCAAGCUGGACCAGGGAGAGUAUGAGAACGCCAACGUCAACUUCACUGACAACAAGAAGAACACAUCGCUGCACUACGCAGCCGCCUCGGGGUUGAAGAAGUGUGUUGAGAUUCUAGUAAAUAGGGAAGCGGACCUGUUUGCGGAGAAUGAGGACCGUGAGACGCCGUGUGACUGUGCAGAGAAGCAGCAUCACAAGGAGCUGGCCCUCAGCCUGGAGUCUCGGAUGGUCUUCAGUCUGGUCCCAGAAGGCAUAGAGGCAGAGUACACUGCUCUGGACCACAGAGAGCUAUACGAGGGUCUGAGGCCUCAGGAGCUGCGUCGUCUGAAGGACAUGCUGAUAGUGGAGACGGCAGACAUGCUGCAGACCCCUCUCUUUACUGCUGAGGCUCUGCUUAGAGCACAUGACUGGGACAGAGAGAACCUGCUGGAGGCCUGGAUGUCUAACGCUGAGGAAUGCUGCCAGCGGUCUGGGGUCCACAUGCCCAGUGCUCCUCCUAGUGGGUACAACGCCUGGGACACCCUGCCGUCCCCUCGUACCCCCAGGACCACAGGCUCCUCCAUCACCUCCCCUGACGAGAUCAGCCUCUCCCCCGGGGACGACGAUAGAACACCGUGUGGUAUCUGUAUGUGCCCCCUCUCUAUCUUCGAGGAACCGGUUGACAUGUCAUGUGGUCACGAGUUCUGCCGAGCCUGCUGGGAAGGGUUUCUGAAUCUGAAGAUUCAGGAAGGGGAGGCUCACAACAUCUUCUGCCCGGCGCACGACUGCUUCCAGCUGGUUCCUGUGGAGGUCAUAGAGAGUGUCGUCUCCAGAGAGAUGGACAAGCGCUACCUGCAGUUCGACAUCAAGGCGUUUGUGGAGAACAACCCAGCUAUCCGCUGGUGUCCCAAGGCGGGCUGUGAGCGGGCGGUGCGUCUCUCAUCCCGGGGUCCAGGUAGCAGCUCCUCGGACCCGUUCAGUCUACCUCUCCUCAGAGCGCCCGCUGUGGACUGUGGCAAGGGACACGUGUUCUGUUGGGAGUGCCAGGGAGAAGCCCAUGAACCAUGCGACUGCCAGACAUGGAAGAUGUGGCUGGCUGAAGUGACUGAGAUGAGACCCCAAGAAUUGGCUGGUGUGAGUGAAGCCUAUGAAGACGCAGCCAACUGCUUGUGGUUACUGUCAAACGCCAAACCCUGCGCCAACUGCAAGUCUCCUAUUCAGAAGAACGAAGGCUGCAACCACAUGCAGUGUGCUAAGUGUAAGUAUGACUUCUGCUGGAUCUGUCUGGAGGAAUGGAAGAAACACAGCUCUUCUACUGGAGGUUACUACCGCUGUACCCGCUAUGAGGUCAUCAACCAGGUGGAGGAGCAGAACAAAGACAUGACUGUGGAGGCUGAGAAGAAGCACAAGGGAUUCCAGGAACUGGACCGCUUCAUGCACUACUACACCCGCUUCCAGAACCAUGAACACAGCUACCAGCUGGAGCAGCGCCUGUUGAAGACCGCCAAAGACAAGAUGGAACAGCUGAGCAGAGCCUUGAGUGGACGAGACGGAGGCCCACCUGACACUACGUUCAUUGAAGAUGCUGUACUGGAGCUGCUGAAGACGCGUCGCAUCCUCAAGUGCUCUUACCCCUACGGCUUCUUCCUGGAGAUCAAAUCCACCAAGAAAGAGAUUUUUGAACUUAUGCAGACUGACUUGGAGAUGGUGACAGAGGACCUAGCUCAGAAAGUCAACCGUCCUUACCUCCGAACUCCCCGUCAUAAGAUCAUCCGAGCGGCCUGUUUGGUGCAGCAGAAGAGACAGGAGUUCCUGGCCUCCGUCGCCCGGGGGGUGGCCCCCAGCGACUCCCCAGAGGCCCCUAGACGCAGUUUUGGAGGUGGAACGUGGGACUGGGAGUAUUUGGGCUUUGCAUCUCCUGAGGAGUAUGCAGAGUUUCAAUACCGGAGGAGACACAGGGAUCGUCAGCAGAGGAGACAGAGAGGGGACAUUCCCCAUCUUGACGAGCCUAGCGACUGCACUUUAGACACACAGGAAAUGGGAGGUGGGCGAAGACCUGGUCCCCCCAUGGGCUCAUUGGACGAGGACGAUGCCAACAUCCUAUUGGCUAUCCAGCUGUCACUCCAAGAGUCUGGGUUGGCGACGGCCGGGGACACUCCAGAGUUGGUGUCCAAUGAGGCGUCCCUGGGGGCCAUCGGCACCUCCCUCCCGUCCAGACUGGACGCGGAGUCCCAGAGGGUGGAGGUGGGGCCCCGGGGGGCCGUCAGCAGCCAGCGGCUCUAUGAAGGGGUUCCAGGGGUCUAUGCGUUACACCACCACCACUCAUCCCAGCAGCACUACAGCAACCACAAUCUCAACCCGUUUAGGGAGCCUUCUUCAGGCCAGGCUCUGUUCUCGUCCUCCAGUGGUACUGCGGACUCCACUACCACCGCAUCAACAGGGCUCCAGGACCCCUCACACCCAAACACCAAUCUGCUGGGUAACAUCAUGGCCUGGUUCCAUGACAUGAACCCUCAGAGCAUCACCCUCAUCCCCUCCACCACCACCACCACCACCACCUCCUCAGACACAGACCUAGACUUCAACACGGCAGCACAGACCACGGCCAACACAGCCUCCGAGGUGGAGGAGGAGGAGGUCCAAGCUGACCUCCACCAGCCCCGUGCCAAACCCCAGAAAGGUGAGGGCGAGCUGGGGGAAGAUGUGGACUGUUUCCCCUUCCUUUCUCAUGGCCUGGAGAAGAAGGAGGCUGAGAGGGAGAGACCCACCCAUCUAGACCUGACGGUGGGGUCAGAGGUCAUGGCCCCGUCCUACAUGGUGACUACCGGGACAGGGGACCGGGCCGGGGAGAGGCUCGCUGGGGGUAACAUCGUUCGCGUUGACACGCCCAUGUGUGACUCUGUGACCUCUGACCUUCUGCCUAGCACCAGCUCUUCAGAAUGGGAGGAGCAGAUACACCUUGUCUGAUUGGUGGAGAAAAAAAACUCUUAAGUGCGGACGGAGGAGAUACACCUGGUCUGAUUUAUGAUUGGAGGAAAAUGCUGAGUUGGUGGAGCAAAUCCACCUGUUUAUGACUCUGAUUGGUGGAAACAUAUGAGAUGGGAGGAGCAAAGUCUCCUGGUCUGAUAGAAGACAGAAGCCUUCAGAGGGGUCAAACCACUGACAUGCAGAGAGAGAGAGAGAGAGGAACAAUCCGGACUGAGAGGGGACAUUACCAAGUAGCCAGUGAUGGUGUUGGGGGGGAAUUUAAUCCUGACUUGAUUGUAGUGUUAGGAGGAGAUAUAUGAUGAUGGAGUGUGUUUCUCUUUCUAGUGUUUACAAGUACACAUUAAACACUUGAUAGCUGGUCUAUACUGGCAUGAGAUGCCCCCUCCUCCCGGGUGAACGACGGACGGAGGACUGGAUGGACUCCUAAGAAGCGAGAUGGAAGGUGUUUGACUGGGUGUUGUUGGUAUUAUAUUACCCACAAUGGAUAUUUGCUGAAAACAGAAUGACGAUCAAGUUGCUUCUCUCUGAUGAUCUGUUCAGAUUACAACAUGAGGUCAUUAUACUGCAUUAUUAUAGUGAAUACAUUUUCACAGGAGUUUUUGAUCUCGUUUUUUUUUUUUUUUGAUAUUGAUGAUCAUAUUCUUAAAUGUUUUCCGCUGAAAUAUACUGUAUUGUGUUUGGACUUGGUUCUGAGGGAGGUUGUAAUCAGCUGUACAGGAGAGUUCUGAGGGAGGUUGUAAUCAGCUGUACAGGAGAGUUCUGAGGGAGGUUGUAAUCAGCUGUACAGGAGAGUUCUGAGGGAGGUUGUAAUCAGCUGUACAGGAGAGUUCUGAGGGAGGUUGUAAUCAGCUGUACAGGAGAGCAAUGCUGUGCUGCCUGCUUCUAGUAGUGUUAUUAUCCCAAUAUAACAGUGUACAGUCUGACUCAGCGGAAAAACCUCUCAGUCCCGUCCAGAUCUGCCUAAUGUUUCUGUAAAUUGGUAGGUGUCAAACACUGGCUAACAAAAGCACCGUUUGUAAUCACUAAUCACUAAGUGGACUCCAAAAACUAAUUGUGCCUGCUUAGAUCUAUUCCAUGUUGUUGUACUGAACCCAUUAGAAGACUGUCUGACUGACAGCCUGAUGUUUGUCAAGUAUUCAUGAAGAUGGACGAGGCUAGAACCCAUUAGAAGACCGUCUUCAUGGACGAGGCUAGAACCCAUUAGAAGACUGUCUUCAUGAAGAUGGACGAGGCUAGAACCCGUUAGAAGACUGUAUUCAUGAAGAUGGACGAGGCUAGAACCCAUUAGAAGACUGUCUUCAUGGACGAGGCUAGAACCCAUUAGAAGACUGUCUUCAUGGACGAGGCUAGAACCCAUUAGAAGACUGUCUUCAUGAAGAUGGACGAGGCUAGAACCCAUUAGAAGACUGUCUUCAUGAAGAUGGACGAGGCUAGAACCCAUUAGAAGACUGUCUUCAUGAAUAUGGAUGAGGCUAGAACCCAUUAGAAGACUGUCUUCAUGAAGAUGGACGAGGCUAGAACCCAUUAGAAGACUGUCUUCAUGAAGAUGGAUGAGGUUAGAACCCAUUAGAAGACUGUCUUCAUGAAGAUGGACGAGGCUAGAACCCAUUAGAAGAUUGUCUUCAUGAAGAUGGACUAGGCUAGAACCCAUUCGAAGACAGUCUUCAUGAAGAUGGACGAGGCUAGAACCCAUUAGAAGACAGUCUUCAUGAAGAUGGACGAGGCUAGAACCCAUUAGAAGACAGUCUUCAUGAAGAUGGACGAGGCCAGAACCCAUUAGAAGACUGUCUUCAUGAAGAUGGACGAGGCUAGAACCCAUUAGAAGACUGUCUUCAUGAAGAUGGACGAGGCCAGUAGCCCUGAAGGGACAAUAGAGAGGAACAAUCUGCUGCUGUUCACUCCAAUAGGAAAACAUCAGUAGUUAAAGAGGAGAAUUGUAAUCAGAUACGUUGUUCAUGUUUAUACCUAAUAAUGAUGUCACUGGUUCAUUCUGAACUAUUAUAGGGCUGCUUUCUCAGACGACCCCUUGGUCCUGGACUAAACAUCACUUUCAAUGGAGAAUGUCCAUUCACCACUGCUCUCUUAUCCCAGAACUAGGUUUAGGCCGAAUGAGGAAACCGGUCCGUUUUAUAAAGAUAUAUAUAAACCUGUUACGAAAGUUUUAAGCCUUGAUGGGACUCAGCAACUACAGUAGAGGGGUUCAGUGGGUCGUAAAAAAUGGUUCUCUACGCAAUUCAUUACAGUGCCUUUAUGUCAAUCUUUUUAAAUAUAUUGCCACAUUUUUACAGAGGUCUUACAGUAAGUAAUCAUGUGUAGCUACACUAUAUAUACAAAAGUAUGUGGACACCCCUUCAAAUGAGUGGAUUCGGCUAUUUCAGACACAUCUGUUGCCGACAGAUGAGCACGCCGCCAUGCAAUCUCCAUAGACAAAACAAUGGUAGUAGAAUCGCCUUAGUGAAGAGCUCAUUGACGUUCAACGUGGCACCGUCGUAGGAUGCCACCUUUCCAGCAAGUCAGUUUGUAAAAUUUCUGCCCUGCUAAAGCUGCCCCCGGUCAACUGUAAGUUCUGUUAUUGUGAAGUGGAAAUGUCCAAGAGCAACAACGGCUCAGCCGCUAAGUGGUAGGCCACAUAAGCUCACAGAAUGGGACCACCCGAGCGCUUGGCACGUAACAAUCGUCUGACCUCGGUUGCAACACUCACUACUGAGUUUCAAACUGCCUCUGGAAGCAACGUCGGCACAAGAACUGUUCGUUGAGAGCUUCAUGAAAUGGGUUUCCAUGGCCGAGCAGCCGCACACAAGCCUAACAUCACCAUGCGCAAUGCCAAGCGUCGGCUGGAGUGGUGUAAAGCUCACCACCAUUGGAUUCUGGAGUAGUGGAAACACAUGCUCUGGAGUGAUGAACCACGCUUCACCAUCUGGCAGUCUGACGGAUGAAUCUGGGUUUUCCGAAUGCCAGGAGAACACUACCUGCCUGAAUGCAUAGUGCCAACUGUAAAGUUUGGUGGAGGAGGUUUUUCAUGGUUCGAGCCCCUUAGUUCGAGUGAAGGGAAAUCUUAAUGCUACAGCAUACAAUGACAUUCUAGAUGAUUCUCUGCUUCCAACUUUGAGACAAACGUUUUGGAAAGGCCCUUUCCUAUUUCAGCAUGACAAUGCCCCCGUUCACAAAGCGAGGUCCAUACGGAAAUGGUUUGUCGAGAUUGGUGUGGAAGAACUUGACUGGCCUGCACAAAGCUCUGACCUCAACCCUAUCGAACACCUUUGGGAUGAAUUGGAACGCAGACUGCGAGCCAGGAGGCCUAAUCGCCCAACAUCAAUGCGCUGACCUCACUAAUGCUCUUGUGACUGAAUGGAAGGAAGUCCCCUCAGUAAUGUUCCAACCUCUAGUGGAAAGCCUUCCCAGAAGAGUGGAGGCUGUUAUAGCAGCAAUGUUCCAACCUCUAGUGGAAAACCUUCCCAGAAGAGUGGAGGCUGUUAUAGCAGCAAUGUUCCAACAUCUAGUGGAAAGCCUUCCCAGAAGAGAGGAGGCUGUUAUAGCAGCAAUGUUCCAACAUCUAGCGGAAAGCCUUCCCAGAAGAGUGGAGGCUGUUAUAGCAGAAAUGUUCCAACCUCUAGUGGAAAGCCUUCCUAGAAGAGAGGAGGCUGUUAGAGCAGCAAUGUUCCAACAUCUAGUGGAAAGCCUUCCCAGAAGAGUGGAGGCUGUUAUAGCAGCAAUGUUCCAACAUCUAGUGGAAAGCCUUCCCAGAAGAGAGGAGGCUGUUAUAGCAGCAAUGUUCCAACAUCUAGUGGAAAGCCUUCCCAGAAGAGAGGAGGCUGUUAUAGCAGCAAAGGGGAGGACCAACUCCAUAUUUAAUACCCAUGUUUUUUGGAAUGAGAUGUUGGACGUUCAGGUGUCCACAUACUUUUGAUCAUGUAGUGUACAAACUACAAACACACGUUAUAGAAAUUCCACUCACAACACUAACACGUGUCCAAACCUGCUACUUUUUUUAAAAAGAGAUUUUUAUAAUUGUAGCCUCUCUUUAGUGUUCAAGUUGUUUCCCCAGAGUGUGUUAUUUCUAUAGUGUUUUAUAAAUUUACAUCUCUGAUUUUGACCUGAUGAUAUUGAACACUGUUUUACUGGUUUGUUAGUUAUUUCGUUGCGGGUGGGCUUUGGUGGGUUGUUCUUGGAUGGACAGACAUAUCUGUGGGUUCGAUAACCGAUCUACAAGUUGAUGACGAGUGUUUGACUUUUUGGGGGGAAAGGUAUUUAUAAAAUGUAUCCUGGAGCAGAAAACACAAUGUAGGACAGUGGGGGGAAAAGAAACAGACGUAUUUAUUUAAAUUUAAUUGAAUACAUUUAAAUUUAAACUUUCUUAUUACAAUUUGAAAAUGGAUAUCGAGAUAUACUGAAUAACUAAUUUUGAAAGAAAAAAAACUAGUUGUAUUGAUUUGUUGCCUAUAUAAAGUAUUAAUAAAUGAUAAAUUAUAUUUCAACGUUUCACAUUUUGGAAUUGAUCUUUAGCCAAACCUAGUGUGAUUUGUAUUGGAAGUAAUUGAUCUUUAGCCAAACCUAGUGUGAUUUGUAUUGGAAGUAAUUGAUCUUUAGCCAAACCUAGUGUGAUUUGUAUUGGCAGUAAUUGAUCUUUAGCCAAACCUAGUGUGAUUUGUAUUGGCAGUAAUUGAUCUUUAGCCAAACCUAGUGUGAUUUGUAUUGGAAGUAAUUGAUCUUUAGCCAAACCUAGUGUGAUUUGUAUUGGAAGUAAUUGUAAAGUGACUUUUGAAACAACCGCUGAAGAAACUAAUUGCAUUGAAACGUGUCUUGCAAACGUCAAGCUGUGAGUGCCGUACACGAAGCUGGUGAACUUGUGGGACUUCAGUCAUGUAAAUUGAUUUGUCCUUGAUGUAACAGUUUCAGCUGUGCAUGAAAUGAGUAAAACAUGAAAUUACAUUUGAAUUUGGAUUUUCUUGGCAUUUUUACUUUUUAAAAAAUAUAUAAUUUUUUUUAUUAAUUAAUUUAAAAAAAAAGGCAAAUGUUGUUGAAAGCCAUUACAUGUUUAUUAUGAAGCAACUAAUCCUUGAAAUACUAUUUGCACUUUCAUUUCUAUACCUUAUACAUUCCCUCUUGAAAUGAAAAACAUACUGUUUUGAUGUGUGGCCAAUAAACAUUGAAUUUUA